AACUCAACUGUUUAACUCUGACUCUUAUUUUCAAAAAAAGUAGAGUGUUCCUUUAAUGAACAUUGUAAGUCCACAAGACUGAAAGUGGUAUGAAGUGUGCCAUUUGGGAUUCAGCCUUCGUCGUGCAGCACAAAGCACUGUAUGACAAACAAAGUGCGCUAGUGAAGCAUCAAACUGAGCCACUGACAUCCUUAAGUAAACUUUGAAUCACUUAGGAUAAAUCCUGCAGUUUCUUGAUAAGGAGGUGGAACCGUCCUUCCUCUCAGUGGCGCCUGCAGCUGUACGGCUGUAUGCACUGUGCGUACCAUGAGAGGGCGCUAAUCAGUGCCAUUUUUAUUUUUUACAUAAUUUUUAAAUUGAUUAUUAAAAUCCAUCUGCGUACACUCAUGACAUAUUAAGAGAGCAAGAGAGAAUGAAAAUAAAUAAAGGUGUGCGUUUGUGUUGUAAAGUCAUGUGUGUAUGGUAUGUGCGUGCAUGGGUGGGCGUGGGUUUCGUCGGUUUUUUUUCCACACGUGAAAAAUGACGUUACAGAUAAUGUUUAAAAACAGGCUCAAAAUGAGUAAACACUCUCUAAAACAGUUAAAUUCAAAACAUUUGCAAAAAAGCCUAAAACUAUUGAGUAGGGACGGAGAAAUGGAGCCUCUUAAAUCUUUGAAGCUUUUCUCUAAAUGUUUCGGGACAGGUUUCAAAGCAUCAAAAGUGUCAAAACAGUGCUAGUUCUGUGCGUACCCUGAGAUAAAAUCCUGCAGGUGCCCCUGCUUCCUCUCUAUAUGCAAUCUCAUGAUUGGAUGGAUUGGAUUCUCUUUUUAAGAAGAGAGAGAACAACAAAAUCAUCCUCACUGCUUGAAGACUGAAUUUUUUCCGCAACGGAUUAAUACGCAUCAGACUCAGUGUGCAAGGUUUCUGUGCAUGACAAAUUUUUAGGAUGUCAAAUAUGGAAAAAAAAAAAAAGCAUAUGAAAAUUUCAGACUCGGUGUGCAAGGAACUUUAUAUAAAUGUAUGAAGGCUAGUGAAAACAAAAAUGUUGUGAUACAGUGAUAUAACAACAUCUGCAGAUGUGCAGGUACUUUCAACAACAAUGAAGUUGAUCUCUUGUACUAUAUACGUACAUGUCAAUUUUGGAGUCUGAGGAUGCUGGACCUGGUGUGGAGGCUACAGCAACAAGAGAUGGACUUUCCGCGGUAGAGCUGACUGGGGAGGCUUUGGCGACAGGAACUGCAGAUGGCCUGGAUUUUUUUAACUUUUGGUGAACUCAGGGAGUGUCUUCCACUUGGUGCAUCAAAUGAUUAACAUUAAUUUUGUGCAUAGUCACACCCCUCACAUCCUGAAGAUUAGCACUCUUGCCUUCUAAACAAGUAAUUAUAAAUAACCCUAGUUAAUUGGCUUCUAGUUUUCCCCCAUUCCAUUGCUCAGUUCUUAUUAUUUCUUCUCCACACCUUGUCCCCAACUUUAAAGGUUGUGAGAUGCAGUCUUUUUUUCUCUUGGCUUUUACAGAUGUUCUCCUUUACAUCUGUUAAAAUAUUACAAAGUGUUAUAGUCACCUUCUCAAUGGACACUGUGUCCUCAACAGUCUUGUCAAUCUGGAAAGAAAGUUCCAGUCUUGGUUAGUAUAUUGACAGUUGUUUAUGAUAUAUUUAACACCUCUGUUCAUUAAUUGUAAUAUAUUAAGGUUAACAUAUUCAUUCUAAAUGCCAAAAAAAAAAAAAAAUCAUUUUGAUUUCAUAGGGACUUUAAAUUUAUAUGCACUUUUGUGAUUUUAGACAGGGGUGUGUGAACGGGACUUUUAUUUUGGUGUGGAAAUUUGAUGUCAUAAGUCGGCGCCGCGAUCAUGUAUAUGUUGCGAUUCGGCUGAAGAGAGGACAAACACACAGGAAAACUCCUGGUGAAGCAACUGAGAUCCAUGACACACUAUUAUAAAGAUGGCAUUUAUUAAAGAGGAGAGUGAAGACAUGAAGAUUGAAGAAGUAUUCAGCCUGAAACAAGAAGAAACUGAGGAACAAAUAGACCUGAGGCCACUGAAAGAAGAGUGUCAAGGACUGAAUGAUUUGGAAGAAAAAUAUCACCCUGGAGAAAGCCUUUUCACCUGCCGACAGUGUGGAAAAAGUUUCACUCAAAAAGCAAACCUUAACAGGCACAUGAGAAUUCACACUAGAGAAAAGGCUUACAAUUGCCCUCAGUGUGCAAAGAGUUUUACACAGAACAAAUACCUUAGUGCCCACAUAAGAGUUCACACUGGAGAGAAGCCUUUCACCUGCCAACAGUGUGGGAAGAGUUUCUCACUAAAAGGAAAUCUUAAGACUCACAUGAGAAUUCAUAAUGGAGAGAAACCAUUCAAAUGCCUUCAUUGUGGAAAGAGUUUUACGCACAAAAAAAACCUUAAUACCCACAUGAGACAUCACACUGGAGUGAGUCCUUUCAUAUGCACACUCUGUGGCAAGAGCUUCUCACGAAAAGAAACUUUUAAGACUCACAUGACAAUUCACACUGGAGAGAAGCCGUUCACAUGUGAUCAGUGUGCAAAGAGGUUCAGAUAUAAAGAAAACCUUAAUCAUCACAUGAGCAUUCACUCAAGAGAGAACUGUUUUCUAUGUCAUCUAUGUGGAAAGAGUUUCAGAGACAGGAAACGCCUUAAGAGGCAUGUAAAAACUCACACCGGAGCAAAGCCUUUCAUGUGCCAUCACUGUGGAAAGAGUUUCACAAAGAAAGCGAACUGUGAGGAUCACAUGAGAAUUCACACCGGAGAGAAGCCUUUCACCUGCCCUCAGUGUGGAAAGAGUUUCACAGUUAAAGGAAACCUUAACAUUCACAUUAGAGUUCACACAGGAGAGAGGCCUUACAAGUGUCUUCAGUGUAAGAAGAGUUUCAUAUAUCACACAGACCUGAAACGUCAUUUGCAAACUCGUUCUGGAAAGAAAAUGCCGUGUUCCUCGGAUUGACGAGGUUUAGAAGAACUAGCAAUUUCAAAAAUUACCUGUGCAUUCAUUCUGGAGGAAGGCAAAUUCAAUUGUGAUCAGGGUAAUAUUUCUUUUUCCUUCACAGUUACAGCUACACAUGAAAAGUCAUGCAAAUGUAAGACUCUGUUUGUGUUAUUUGUUAAAGAAUAUGGCAACAGAAAAUACGUAUCUGUGUAAAAUUAACUGCAGCUGAAUGUGGGCUACAUCUGACUUUUUUUUUUUAAAUUUCCUUCACCUCUUUAUACUCUGACUAUGUAGAAGCAUCACUCAAUUCCAUAUAUUGAAGUGCAUAUUGAUGCCUCUUAAUCAAAAUAUAGUUGAACUUCUGUCUUGCUGUGAAAUGUCACAAUGUAAGAGAUUAUAAAUGGACAUGAACUGAAAGAAUGCAUUUUCUCAACCCUGGUCCUGGAGGACCCCCAACACUGCACAUUUUGUGUUUCUCCCUAAUCAAAUGUCAGAUUCAGCUCAUUAUAAGAAACUCCAGGACCUGAAAUGAGUCAGACUCAGGAGACUUUCAAAAAUGGGGGGACUUAAGGACCAGGGGCUUCAUUUGUAAAGCGUUUAUAUGCACAGAUUUGAUCUUAGAGUGUGCAUACACGUAAAUCCACGCCAACGCUCAUGUUUAAGGCAGGAACACACCAAGCUGACGCCGACGAACUAGUGGCGAUGAAAGCAGACUGCGGGGUUGGCUCACGUCGACAGUGUCUGGGUCCAAAGUUGCCAAGUAGCACGUCUGUUCUGCGCCUGCGUAAGAUGAAAUGCCUUUCCGUACCAGCAGGUGGCAGUAAGCUAAACAGCCAAUCAGAAUGAUCAACAUGUCGAAUUCCUGGUCAGAUUACUGCAGGUUUUUGGAAAUCUAAGAUAUUCUUGCAGCUCGCCAUUCUAAAUUAAAGGAUUUGGAUGAUAACUGGUGAUCUUUUAUUUGUAAAUUACAUUAAUUAGGUGUCGUUUAUAACAUGGACAACUGAAACCAUUCAGCUGCGCGCAAGUUCAAGAUCAUUUGCCAUUUAUAGAUUUCACAUCUGAAAGAGAGGCGUACGUUUGUUUUCUGUGUGUACGUUCAUUCAAUGAAUCACACGUACGCACAUCUGAGAAAUGAUCGUAAGAUCAAAUUUAGGAUGGUUUCUGCGCAACAUUUUAUAAAUUAGGCCCCAAGGUUGAGAAAUUAACAUUGCAUUGCAUUACUCGUUUCUGCCAAUUAUAGGGGUUAUUAUUUAGUCGUCAUUUUUGAUUUAUGAAUGUAAUAUCUGAAUUUACUGACUCUUAAGUUUUUAAUUUUAAAAUUGUGAUCAAGCUUUUUUUUUUUUAUCAGCGCAGUUGAUUCUUUGUCAUUUUUCCAGUAGCCUGUAUGUACAUAAACAGUUUCUUUUUACACUAAUUUGGUGCAAUAAACAAUCCAAAGCAGUUAA